AACGGUAUUACUACCUACGCUUCUCUUGCAAUGGACUUCGUAUUUCCUGAUAAUCCCGACAAAAGCGACAAAACGACAUUUGGCACAGAACAUCCAUGAUUUCGACAAUCAAGUUCCUUGACACUCGGUCACACCUUCCCGAGCGCUCUCAUGAGCCUCAGGAGCGUAUGCAGACCGGCGACAUGUAGGAAUAUUGUAACAGUACUAUUUCGACCAUCAUGGCAACUUCGUGCGAUAUCCGCCUUCGGCCCAACGAUCCUCACGCGAGGCGCCAAGAGAAAGACGGUGGUCAAGCUCAAGGAUCUCCCUCAAGGGGGCCUGCCUCCUCUUUCAGAGAAUCCAAAGGAUGGGGCCAGCAAUGAGCCAGCCAACGACGUGCAAACCAGACGCUUACCCCCGGCCUUCCAACAACACUACAACAAUAUGCGCAAAUACCCAGAUUGCGUCUUGUUGACCCGCAUCGGCGACUUCUACGAACUCUACUUCGAGCAUGUCCCAAAGUAUGCUCCGCUGCUUGGACUGAAGCCAUCCGCAAAGGGAAACAAAGACAAUCCUAUUCCGAUGGCCGGAUUCAAGAUCGAACAGCUCGACAAGUACACCCGGAUUCUGGUCCAAGACCACAAUCUCAAAGUGGCAAUCGCCGACCAAGUCAAAGUCUCUGCUGAAGACGAGCCGCUUCGGUAUGAUCGGCCUGUGAAGAGGAUCUUGACCAAGGGCACGCUGGUUGAUCAGGACUUCAUCGAGCCGUACGAGAACAGCUACUUACUGGGCAUUCAUAUUGAUGGCCUAGUGUCGUCCGCGUCAGCCUCUGCUUCGAGUGAAGCGCACGACAAGUACAGGCGGACGACAAAAGUGGGCGUGAGUUGGUUGGAUCUAUCGAGCGGCGACUUCUUUGUUCAAACCAGCGAUCUUGCCACGCUGCCGUCUCUCGUGGCGCGGAUUGCACCCAGGGAGAUUGUGUUUCAUUCAUCGAUGGAAUCGGCCGACCAAAUUGCGCUUCAGAAGUUAUUGGGGGAGAUCGGAUGGGUAUUUCAAUUCCACCGGCCUUCUCAGGCAGCGUCGUCCGUUGCCGAGUGGGCUUCCAUGCUUGAGAAGCCCGUCUCCGCGGAGGACAUCCCGCACUUCACUGCGCAAGAGCUAGCGGCGGGCAAUAUCGUCUUGGAUUACGUCCGAGACAAGCUGCACGAUGAAAGUGUCCAACUGCAGCCGCCUGUUCGCCGAUCGGACAACGAUUUCAUGGCCAUCGACAAGCAAAGCCUUCGUGGACUGGAGAUCAAAAGCCUGAUUCGCGAUGGCAGCUUCAAAGGAAGCCUUUUGCAUGCAAUCAGACGCACAGUCACGAGGUCUGGAGCACGGUUGUUGAAUCAGCGUAUCACUUCGCCGUCAAUGUCGCUCUCUGUCAUCAACAACCGCUUAGACCUCGUCGACGAGAUGCUUUCGCACGACGCUCUGCGUGAAGAUGUCACGGCUUUGUUGGAAAGGACAGCAGAUACCUUUCGACUCUUGCAACGAUUUUCCAUCAAUCGAGGGGACGCAGACGAUCUUCUGGCGUUGGCGAGGACCGUCGAAGUCAUGAGUCAGAUGUCUGAAAUUCUGCAUGACCACAUCUUGGCUGGUCAACGGUCGAAUGAAGACGCACCCUCCGACAAGGGGUGUUUGUGGGAUGUUCUCGAACGUCUGGACCUCGAAGGUCCGAAUAAACUGGCCAAGGCCAUUCUAACGGCCAUUGACGAAGAAGGCCUUACCCGCAAGCAUAACAAUGAGGACGCUGGCCGUGAAGAGGCUGAGGAAAUGACCGAAGAAGUGAUGGAAGCGGAUGCCGCUGGGGAGAAAGCGCCACAACUUACAAGGCGAGCCUCGAUAUCAAAGCCCCCGCUGUCCGCAGACUCCCCCGAGCUUGACUCGCAAGACAUCUGGAUCAUGCGGCGCAACGCUUCGUCCGCCCUGGGAAUCACUCACCGUCAAUUAGACGAGCUGCGUAAGGACAAGCACCAGCUGUUGCUUCAACUCCGGACACAGUUCAACACAGAUGUAUACUUUCAAUGGAGCUUGAGGUAUGGGCACACCUGUCGAAUCAAGGGCAAAGAUGUCCACAAGAUCGAUAUCUCCAGUCUGCCUGGUGUACAAAACGUGUCGUCGACGAAGACCAUCCGUACCUUCCAUUUCGCAGAACUGACCGCGCUCGGAGAUCGAAUCGACGGCGCCAAAGCCCGCAUCAGAACCGAAGAGGAACGAAUGUUUAGCAAGCUCCGCGCUCAAGUCAUCCAAAAUAUCGUCAAGCUCAGACGAAACGCUGCAGUCCUGGACGAACUCGACGUGGCCUGCUCGUCAGCCAUCGUCGCAAAAGAACGCAACCUGACCCGACCGGAAGUAGACAACACCACCUCCCACCACAUCAUAGGCGGCCGACACCCCACCGUCGACAUCGGCCUCAAAGAGCAAGGCCGCCCCUUCACCUCCAACGACUGCUUCGUAGGCGACUCCGAACGCAUCUACCUCCUCACCGGCCCCAACAUGGGCGGCAAAAGCACCUACCUCCGCCAGAACGCGCUCAUUACCAUCCUCGCGCAAACAGGCUGCUUCGUCCCCGCCGAAUAUGCACGCAUCGGCCUCGUCGACAAAAUCUUCAGCCGCGUCGGCUCGGCGGACAACCUCUACCAAGACCAGUCGACAUUCAUGGUGGAAAUGAUGGAAACAGCCGAGAUCCUCAAACGCGCCACGCCGCGCUCGUUCGUCAUCAUGGACGAAGUCGGGCGCGGCACGACGCCCGAAGACGGUCUGGCCGUUAGCUACGCCUGUCUGCACCAGAUCCACCAUGUCAACAAGUGUCGGACGCUGUUUGCCACGCACUUCCACGCUUUGGCGGAUAUGACGGUCGACUUUGACGAUUUGAGCUGCUAUUGUACGGAUCUUGCCGAGGAGCGGGAUGGCGGGUGGGCGUUUUUGCAUCGUCUGAGGCCGGGGGUUAAUCGGACUUCGCAUGCGCUAAAGGUUGCGAGGAUGGCGGGGAUGCCGGGUGAGGCUAUUGGAGUUGCGUCGGAUGUUUUGAAGGCGAGGGGGUUUGGGGAGUCUCCGCAAGGUAUGAGGAAUGUCUCGGAGGAGGUUGGAGUGGCUGCUAUGGGUGGUCGUGGGUAGUCACAGGGAAAAGUGAGCGAGACUGAUGCAUGAGAUGUUGAUGGGCAUGUAAUCUACAUUUUUUCAGCGAUUAUGCCAAGGACAUAUCCGAGACGUUGACACAUUUUGCAUCAUCACUCGUUCAAAGGGAG